CAUUUCAUUUGUCGCCAGCCAGCUCGCAGGGAGCACCUCAAAUUGGUCGCAGGGGUGGGUUUUUGAAAAAAUCUGCAUUUUUCAGCCUCAACUGAGCUUGAGCUUUAAAAAGAAACUGGAAACAUGGAGAGCUCCUCUGAGCCACGGGUCUGGGGGCUCGCGCCCACGGCCAGCAGACAGCCUGCGCGCGCACAUGCCCCUGAUGAACGCAUACUGCCCGGGUAGCUGGGGCCACCACAGACAUUCAGCGUGAACAAUCUGGCUACGCUCUUCUGUCCUGCAUCAUCCUCCCUACGAUUGGCACAGAGGAAGAGUUUGAGCCUGGGGAAACGUGGGAAAGAGGAAGACGAUGUACCAAGAGCUGCUCCUCUCCUCUGCCCUCCUCUUCCUCCAUGUGAUGGGCACUCCCCACUUCUUUGGGCAUCAUGGAAGGCGGACAUGUGGGCAGGACCUCCGUCACAACGUCGUCACGACAACAGAGUCCUUCGCCCAGCCUGUGCACAAGCCCUACAUCACCCUGUGUCAGGGCCAUCGCCUCUGCAGCACAUACAAAACUACGUACUCCCUGGCUUACCGGCUGGUAAGCAGAAUCGCUUCAGCCUCGCAUUUCUACCCAGACUGCUGCCCCGGCUGGCGGAGAUUUCACUCACACAACUGCAACCAAGCUCUGUGUGCAGAACCCUGUGUUAACGGUGGAACCUGUUUGAAGCCCAAUAAGUGUGCGUGUGCUCCUGGCUGGACGGGACAGCAGUGCCAAAACGAUGUUGACGAGUGCAGUGGGUGGCAGCCCUGCACCCAGCUGUGUGUUAACACAGCUGGAAGCUACAGAUGUGUCUGCAGGGAUGGCUUCAGACUGGCUGGAGAUGGACGUUCCUGUCACCAGCUUCCAUCUCCUCCUCCUACUCAGACUCCCAACCAGAUUGCAGGGAGCCACGCUGAUGCGGGAGGAAGCUUCACUCUGGCGGAGAACGUCACAGAGGAGGUCCAGAGUCUGAGGAACAGAGUGGAAAUCCUUGAAAAGAAGCUGCAGCUGGUGUUGGCGCCCUUCAGUAGCUUCUUCCCGCUGUCGCUGGAUGAGAACUUCCCAGAGAAAACCACCCUGCUGACCCACUCCUUCCGCCAACUGGACCGCAUCGACUCCCUCAGCGAGCAGAUAGGCUUCCUAGAGGAGCGUCUGGGCACAUGUUCUUGUCAGGAGAAUUAGCCCACGCAUCAAGAAUCAUCUCAUUAUUAUGCUGUGACGCACGCACCGCACAAACGUUUCGGAGAUUUUUCUUCACACCAUUCCAAAAAAAAAAAAAA